AUGCAGGCGGAAAUGCUCGCCAGCGACGACAGCCCAGCACGGAAGAUGCGUAAAGUCACCCGCGCUUGCGAUGCAUGUAAGAGAAAGAAGAAGGCCUGUACCGGAAAUCUCCCCUGUAGACCUUGUCUGAAACGCCAGGAGGUCUGUACAUACAACUCUACCUAUAAUCGCGGCGUGGCCGUGAGCCCACCUCCGUCCUCGCAUACGAUACAACAACAUCAUGCACCCCUAAGAGGAACAACAGACAGCAAUUCACAAGACAGCCGUCUAUCAUUCGCCUCCCCAGUCACCUACACCUCGCCAGACACUACACGCCCGGCAACCUACCACGAUGCCACCACCUCCGUGAUUUCUCCACCAUCCAAAACGAACACAAGGUAUCACGAUCAUGAGCCCGAGAUCCAACGGACGGAGGUUGCGGAUCGAUACUGGGGGCCAACCUCGGCCCACUCCUUCUUAGAUCGAGCUGCGUUGGGAUUGCCAACGCCUCCCUCAAAUGCGAUCAGGGCUUCGGAUGAUCCAAGUCACGACCGAACCACAUCCAUCUUCCAAUUUGGGGAUCGUGUAGUCCCAGAAACAAGCGUGACAGAGUUCCAAUGGCCGGACUUAGAGACGGCGGAAGCUCUAGUUCAUCGAUACUUCGAGUUUGCGUCGCCCACGCACCGGGUUCUGCACCAGCAGACGGUUGAGAAUAUGGUCCAGCGCCUGUACCAGCGCGGACGACCGGACGGCGAACAGAUUAGCGGAGUGACGGCUGUCUGUCAAGCCAUUCUCCUGAUGGUUUUUAGCACCGCCACCAUGUUCAAGAUGGAUGCCAAAGGCGGUAUGACAGAUGCAGAUGAAAAUGGCUGGCAGACCAGUGAAAUGUAUUUCACGAAGGCAGACCAUCUACUAUCAAAGGAAAGUGGUGCACCCAGAUUAGAAUCGGUGCAGGUCAGGUUCUUAAUGGUUCUCUAUCUGCUAAGCUCAUCACGGGCGCAUCGGGCGUGGUUCACUUUAGGGACCACCAUUCAACUGAUCAUGGCCCUCGGCCUUCACAGCAGACGGCGGAAUAGGGAAACUGCCGAAGUUAGUCUGAUCCAGCAGGAAUGCCAGCGUCGCGUCGUCUGGUGUUCGUAUACGUUGGACAAGUAUCUGAGCUUGAUGUUGGGUACACCGCGUCUGUGGCAUGAUGAUGACUUGGACGAGAGAUUACCAGCCCGUGCGAACGACGAAGAUAUCUCCCCUGAUCGUAUCUUGCCACCAACACGAGACUGUGUGAUGGAUGCGGCUAUAUUCCAUGCCCUACUCGCCCGCGUGCUCUCUCAAGCCGCCAAGGAGCCGUACGUGGUGGCUGGCAUCACCGACCGUGAGGAAAUCAAUACGAUCCGAGUGUUGUGCGAGCGAGUCGCGGAAUGGCAGGCAGAGUUGCCCCCAUUCUUAUCCGGAGUCAUUCACUCAAGUAGCCUGAUCCCCUUAUUCAAGCGACAGCUGACGGUGCUGCAAUUGGCGCGAUAUCAUGCCCUGAUGUUCAUCACUCGGCCACUAUUGCUGCGGAAUUAUGGCCAGAUUUGGACGGAUCGAGAGGCUAGCUACGUUCAAUAUCUUCGAGUGUGUCUGACCGCAGCGAAGGAUACAGUUGAGCUGAUCACCACUUUUGCCCGGGAUAACCAGCUUUUUCCCGCGUUUUGGUACUCGCAGUAUAUAGCCUUCAACGCCUUGUCCAUUAUCUACAUUUACUUGAUCCAAGUACAGAGUAACCGAAUUCUACCGUUGAGCCAGACCAACGUCGCGACAGAGGGUGGUCUGAACGAUGGAUUUGGCUUUGAUGAGUCAACUCUCUACGUCCUGGCGGAGACUGCACAGUAUCAUCUAACGCAUGCGACGGCCAGGAAUGCACCGUCCUGGAAGUACGGGACUAUUCUGCAGAGUCUACGGCGAGAGCUUGAGCGGUUAGGAGCGCCGUGCGACCCUGUCGCAACGAAUAUGCCUCCGGAGCAUCAAGGAGAGCCGAGAAUACAGAGUAGGAACCUGAAUGAUACAGACUUAGGAGCUACGAUCCCUCCUUCUCAGCCUGAGCCUCACUACCAUGAACCCUUCCCUAUUGACGCGCAGACCCUUCCAUUGUUCGAUACUUUCACGCUAGACAAUGACUUGAUCCUGGAUCUGUGGUCGCAAUUAGAUAGUUUACCAAUCAGUGCGUACCCUGCCUAUUCUUGA